UAAAAAAAAAAAAACUAAAGAAGAAAGACGAAGAACAAGAAUGAAGAGAAAAAAAGAGAGAGAAAAACGCGUUUUGGUCUCGAAAGAACACAUGAUCAAAUGGCGUUUUCAGUGCGGAAUAGCUUCUUUUCCAGUGCCCUUACUGAAGCUCCUCUUGCUUUUGUGGGUCUUCUCCAAUGGCGGCGUCGCCGCCGCCGCCGAUUCUGACAAAUCGGUUCUGCUUCAGUUCAAGAAUUCUGUUUCCGACACGGCAGGACUGCUCUCGAACUGGAAUGCGAUCGGUUCGGACCACUGUUUGUGGUUUGGAGUUUCGUGCGACUCUAAUUCUCGCGUGGUUUCACUCAACAUUACUGGGACUGGCCGUGGCACCGGAGGUAAUUCGCACCCUUUUUCGUGUUUCGAUUAUGCUAAGUUUCCUCUUUAUGGGUUUGGAAUCAGAAGGAGUUGUUUAGGAAGUAGAGGAAAAUUGGUUGGGAAGUUGAGCCCUGUGAUUGGGAAGCUCACUGAGCUUAGGAUUUUAUCACUACCCUUUAAUGAUCUUAACGGUGAAAUUCCUAGUGCGAUUUGGGGUCUGGAUAAGCUGGAGGUUCUUGAUCUAGAGGGAAAUUCAAUAAAUGGGAAUUUGCCAAUUCAGUUCAAUAAGAAUUUAAGGGUUCUUAAUCUCGGUUUCAACAAGAUUGAGGGGGACAUUCCGAGCUCACUGUCGAGUUGUACCAGUCUAGAGAUAUUGAAUUUAUCAGGGAAUCGUGUGAAUGGGACUGUUCCGGCGUUUGUUGGAAGGCUGAGGGGGGUUUACUUGUCAUACAAUCGGCUUAGUGGUCAUAUUCCGAGUGAGAUUGGGGACAAUUGUGGGAAGCUUGAGCAUCUGGAUUUGUCCGGUAAUUUCUUGAUUGAUGGUAUUCCUUACACUCUGGGCAAUUGUGGGGAACUGCGAACGCUCUUGCUGUAUACUAAUAUGCUGUUAGAGAGUAUUCCUGCUGAACUUGGUCGACUUCAGAAGCUUCAAGUAUUAGAUGUUUCAAGAAAUAGCCUCAGUGGUGCAAUACCACCUGAGCUUGGAAAUUGUACGGAAUUAUCAGUUCUUGUGCUUUCUAAUCGGUUUGACCCGCUUUCAAAGAUAAACUAUACGGAAGACAACCCAUCAUUGGAGCAAAUGUACGAUGACUUCAAUUACUUUCAAGGUGCAAUCCCGGAGGGAAUUACUGCCCUUCCUAAGCUGAGGAUAAUUUGGGCACCGAGGGCGACUUUGGAAGGUAGCUUUCCAAUCAACUGGGGUUCUUGUGCCAAUUUGGAAAUGAUCAAUUUAGCUCAGAAUUUUUUCACGGGGGAAAUUCCUGGUGCACUUGGUCACUGCAAGAAGUUGCACUUUCUUGACAUAAGCUCUAACAAGCUUACAGGCAAGUUUAUUGAAAGUCUCCUAGUUCCGUGUAUGACUCUGUUUGAUAUCAGUGGGAAUAUCUUGUCUGGCUCAAUUCCUGAAUUUCAUAAUGGCAGUUGCACUCCCAUUCCUUCUUUGAAUGAGUUAUUCUUUAAACUUGACAACCCAUCGUCACCCUAUCAAGCUUUGUUUUCAUCUAAAGCUCAAGAUGGGAACUUUUUGCAAUUGUAUAAAGAAGAUGGCAGGCAUGUAGUAAUUCACAACUUUGGGCAAAAUAAUUUUACUGGUAUUUUACCUUCAAUGCCAAUUGCACCUGAAAGAUUAGGGAGGGAAACUGUUUACGCAUUUCUUGUUGGAGAAAACAAAUUCACCGGGGCAUUUCCAGUUAGUUUGUUUGACAAGUGUGAAGGGUUGGAUGCUCUAAUUGUUAACAUCAGCAACAACAAAUUAUCUGGUCCGAUUCCUGCUGAAAUUGGAAAAAUGUGUAGAUCUCUUCAGUUUCUGGAUACAUCUGGGAAUCAGAUAGCAGGGCCUAUUCCCUCUAGUAUUGGCAACUUGUCUCUUCUUGCCCUCAACUUGAGUUGGAACUUGUUGCAUGGUGAGAUUCCGAACAGUCUUGACCAGCUAAAGGUUAUGAAGUAUCUCUCUUUGGCUGGUAAUAAUCUGUCUGGCUCAAUUCCUUCGAGUUUGGGCCAUUUGCAUUCUUUGGAAGUGCUGGAUCUUUCUUCAAACUCUCUCACAGGUGAGAUUCCACGAGAUCUUGUCAACUUGAAAAGCCUCAGUGUUCUUCUGCUCGACAAAAAUAGACUUUCAGGCCAGAUUCCUUCUGGAUUGGCAAAUGUGACGACUCUCUCUGUCUUUAAUGUGUCGUUUAAUAACUUGUCUGGGUCUCUGCCAUCUAAUAGUAACUUGAUGAAAUGUGAUAAUGCUAUUGGAAACCCAUUUAUACUGUCUUGUCCCAUGUACACUCUCACGGACUCAUCUUCCAACGCUCAGGGAAGAGGUGGUGAUUCAGAACCAUAUGCUGCUUCACCUUCUGGAGUUCCAACCCAGAGCAGUGCAGAUGGUGGUCUUAAUUCAAUUGAGAUUGCAUCCGUAGCAUCUGCAUCAGCCAUAGUCUCAGUGCUUAUAGCUCUAAUUAUCUUGUUCUUCUAUACCCGCAAGUGGAAUUCAAAGUCAAAAGUUCGCGGAUCUACCAGGAAGGAAGUAACAGUUUUUACAGACUUUAAUGCUCCAUUGACCUUUGAAUCUGUGGUGCGAGCCACUGGAAAUUUUAAUGCAAGCAACUGCAUUGGGAAUGGAGGUUUUGGUGCAACCUACAAAGCAGAGAUCUCAACUGGAGUUUUGGUGGCAAUAAAACGGCUUGCAGUUGGAAGGUUCCAAGGAGUUCAGCAGUUCCAUGCAGAAAUCAAAACCCUUGGAAGACUCCGCCAUCCAAAUCUUGUCACCCUAAUCGGUUACCAUGCCAGCGAAACUGAGAUGUUUCUCAUAUAUAAUUACUUACCUGGUGGUAAUUUGGAAAAGUUCAUCCAGGAAAGGUCCACUAGGGCUGUUGAGUGGAGAGUACUUUACAAGAUUGCUCUGGACAUAGCCCGAGCUCUUGCCUACCUACAUGACCAAUGUGUGCCUCGAGUCUUGCAUCGCGAUGUCAAGCCAAGCAAUAUCUUGCUCGAUGACGAGUUCAAUGCCUAUCUAUCCGACUUUGGAUUGGCCAGGCUUCUGGGCACUUCUGAAACCCAUGCUACCACUGGUGUGGCUGGAACUUUUGGUUAUGUGGCUCCAGAAUAUGCAAUGACUUGCCGUGUUUCAGAUAAGGCUGAUGUGUAUAGUUAUGGUGUGGUACUUCUAGAGUUGCUUUCAGACAAAAAAGCUCUGGACCCUUCAUUUUCUUCAUUUGGUAAUGGCUUCAAUAUUGUACAGUGGGCUUGUAUGCUCCUUCGGCAGGGCAGGGCGAAGGAGUUCUUUACUGCAGGGUUAUGGGAUGCAGGUCCACAUGAUGAUUUGGUAGAAGUUUUACAUUUGGCCGUCGUGUGUACGGUUGACUCUCUCUCUACCAGACCCACAACGAGGCAAGUUGUGCGACGGUUAAAGCAACUUCAACCCCCAUAAUGUUAGGUAGGUUAGCCAGCUGGUAAUUAACAUAGUAACUUGUAGAAGACUAGAAGAUUAAGAGCGCCAUUGUAAUUUGUGCUUUUGCCCUUAGGUUGAGUUCUGAAUUGUAGUUAAUUCCCACGUGUACAUUGUAAUAUAGGCUUCUUUCGCCCAUUUUUUUUUUUGGAUGUUGUUUCCCUUGAUUAGGGUCUCUGCCGAUGAAUCUGCAGAAGAGUGCAGAUAUUUGUUUCCAUGUCUUAUACGUGUAUAUCAGUUUUAUUUGUUGUGAAAUAAAACCGUAGAGUAGACAUAUUUUCUUGAAGAGCAUAGUUGAAGUUCAUGAUCGGCUUAUGUCUCUUUUGUGAUUGAUUUCAGGAAUGAAUAUUAGAAAGAUUUUGAGGGUCUAGCCAAAUGUUAUUUGGCUAUUUUCAUUA